AUGAAAAAGAAAUUUCGUCCCUACUCAGUGUUUGUAAUUCUACGGACGUCUGCUUCACCAGGAUUCAACGAUCAAGUCAGAAUUCCAGCAUCGGAAAACUUGACUUUUGGCGAAUUUCCUGGAGGUUUAGAGCUUCUAUGCAACUCUGUAAAGAUUCAUAAUGUCAACGUUGAAAUGCAAAACGGAGCAGAAAAGCUAACCAUGAAGGAUUUGCUCUCCUGGAUCCGUACCCAUUUGAUCAAGGAGAGGCCUGAAAUGUUUAUGAAAGGGGAUACUGUGAGACCCGGUGUUCUAGCCCUUGUGAACGAUUGCGAUUGGGAGCUGAGCGGGCAACUUGAUACAACGCUAGAGGAGAAGGAUGUGGUUGUUUUCAUUUCAACCUUGCACAGUGAAUAG